GUUAAAACUGUUAGGUCUAAUAAAUGUAUUAAAUUUCCACUGGAAAUUUCCAUCUACAAUUUCUACCUACAAAGCGCAUCUACAAUUAGUGAUAUCGGGUGGCACGCCCAAAAUUCUGAUAUCUAGUCGUUACUCAAUAUUUGGUGAAAUCCUCGAUAAAUUACUUUAUAUACUAUAACUGUAGCGUUUGUCGUAUAUUUUUAUACAUUGAAAGAUAAGAAAAUAUAUCAUGUGUUUCAUAUCUUUUAGUUGCCGGUGUACCUCUUGCAGUUUCGAUCAUUUCAACUGGCGUGGUUUGUACAUUCUAUACAACACUAGUAAGUGUGCGGUAAAAAUGUCCACAUUAUGUUCCCAUUUACCUUUCAAAAGUUUCUUAGUGAAUAUCGCCGUUAAUAAAUUGAGGCGCAUGCGCACAUUGUGUAAUUAGAUUCAUGUGCUCUGGGCGGAUCCGUUCUUUUCUAAUUAAAACCAAAUAAAAAUACCCUUCAAAUGGAAAGAGUACGAUAUCCUUUUGUCAGCAGUCCUCCAGCGUGGCGUCCAUGCGAAGUGCAAACCAUGCAAGAAUAAAGUUUGAUUUGAUUUAACAGUCACAUCUUCAAAUUGGCAGACAACUUCAAACGAUUCCUGAUUCAAGUUUGCAUGAAAGGGGGCUCCCCCAUAAAAGGAUAUUGCUAUAAGUUUCGGGCUGUUAAGUAGAUUGGACUCUUAUUUUUAAAAAAUGAAUCAUCGCUGAUCAUUAUGUUCAAAGCAUAAAAUUUGAAAUCUUAAAAUCGUGUUUAGGUUAACUGUAAAAUUAAGUAGGGUAUAGCAGUGUAUUUACGCUAUUUGUGAUAUUGCUGUGUGUAUUUAGGGUGGUCUCAAAGCUGUAAUUUGGACAGAUGUAUUUCAAGCACUUGUCAUGGUAGCUGGUCUUAUUACUGUGUUUAUUGUUGGAACUGUGAAUGUUGGGGGAUUUGACAAAGUCUGGCAGAUAAACAAGGACAGAGGAAGACUUACCUUUUUUGAGUAAGACCAUGGAAAUGCGCACUAAAUAUACUGCUUUAUAAUACAAGAGGGUCCUGAAGGGGUAAAUGGGGACUAUGGGAUUUGCCUAUUUUUGGACUGGGAAAAAUGGGAUUUAGAUUACUAGGACUGGGAAUGGCAGAUACAAAAAUGGGAAUGGAAAACCCAAGAGCGAAAUAACUUUAAGAACAGCUACAGAGCAAUUUUUGAUAGAGAAUUUAUCUGAAAAAGUCCGACGUAUGCCGCUCAAUGAGGUCAUAGAUAGAUGAUUGGCUAAUGCGCAGUUUUUUUGAUUUUUUAUAUUUUUGUUCUGCAAUGUGAUUGGUUAUAGUUUUCUCUAAGUGGCCCCACUUACUGUAGACGCACUGUAAUAUUACAUCGCAAUUUUACAUCUGAAUUACGUAAUUUUCGUAACGUGAUGAAAAUUUGUAAAUUAAUCUCUAUAAAAAAUGAUUAUAAAAGGUUUUCUUGAGUUAUGUUAUAAAAGAAAUAAAAAACUUUUUCUUGCUUUUCGAUCUAUACAGUUGUAGGAACACUUUUGGCAGUUUGGGCGACCUCGAAAUAACGUGGGAAAUUUCACCCGCCCUUCGCGAGCCCGUUUCCCCAUGCAGUGAAUAUUUCUCGUACACCCAAAUUACCGCAAGCGUUUCUAUAACUGUAUGGAAAAACACGGAAAAUGUUUUCUAUUUCUUAAACGUUACACUAUUAUCCAAGAAAAUUCUGCUGCAAACUACUCAGCAAUGUUAACUUUUUUCUUUCUAAAUUAAUUUUGCAAAACGUGUUUAUAAUAUUUAAGGUUAAGCAACCUAGCAUAUCAAUCAUGCUUUCGCUCGCGACUCUGGUUUCUAUAAAUGAAUACAAAGCCCAAUUGAAUUGCAUUCACGACCUAACGUUUCGACACUCCAGUCGUAUAGUGUCUUCGCGUCAGGGGUGAUCUAAAGUCACAACGUAGCAUCUUAUACACAGCAAAAUCCUGGUCAGUCGUAUUUUAAGAAAUCAAUAAUAAAUCAAUAUCCGUAUAGUGAGAAAGUUUUUACUUACCAAGAAUUGUUUAAAAUUCUGAGCAAGAGUAUUUUUCUUAACAAGUAAUCAAGUGCUUGAAACGAGAAUGCUAAUUCUAAUUUCAAGAAAAUAAUUACUAGUUUUAGGGAUAUAUUAUUACUUAAAUCUAGUAAGAAAAUACUUGCCCGUAUAGUGAGAAUGUUUUUACUUACCAAGAAUUAAAAUUCUUAGCAAGGAUAUUCUUAGCAAUGUCUUGCUUGAAACAAGAUUUUUUUCUUGCUAAGAAUUUUGGAUUUUGCUGUGUAUACCUAUGAGAUGACGUCAUCUGCCAACUAAUUCGGUAAUUAUUACUCUAGAGUUUUCCCACGCAAUCUCGUGUUUGGUGUCACACACGUGUUCUCCUAAAGCUGCUUCCCGGCUUAUUUAAAGAUGAAACAGCCUAGCCUUCUGAUGUUUUCUGAGCGUGUGCCAAACUGCCGUUUGGACCGACCCAUACAGAUACUCUUUCUCACAGUCACCGCAUGGUAUAUAUAGAAUAUAUACAACAUGAGUUUUCUGAUUUGUUUUAACAGGAUCUUUCGGCUUUGCGAAAAUAUGGACUAAAGUUACAGUAAAUAAGAUUUUAAGGCAACCUUAAUAUUACAAUUACUUAAGAUUCUCUUGAUUGGUUCUGUGGCACCUCGAAGGAAUGGAACUAUGGAAUGGCAGAGGUAUCAACUUCGAGGGUGAUACUUCGAUUGGGCUUUGUAUUCAUUUUUAGAAACCCGAGCAGCGAGCGAAAACAUGACGUGUUUAUAAUACUUUAUAUGCACUUAUUGCAUACUCUGCACUUAUUGCAUACUGUAUAUCAUAUAACAUGCCUAAUGCAUGUGCUCCAUAUUGCAUUCUAACAGGCCUCUUCGUAAAUAUAUUAUUUAUUUAUUGCUAAAGAAAAUUGCUUUAUUUCUAGUUUCAAUCCAGACCCAACAAUUCGUAAUACAUUCUGGACGUUAACAAUCGGUGGUGCAUUCACUGUUAUGUUUCCAUGGACUGCGAGCCAAGCUGCUGUCCAGAGAUUCCUGGCUUCUAAAUCUGUUAAAAGUGCACAAAAGUAAAGCAUAUUUAAGCCGGUUUUCCACUAGGCGCAAUUUUGCGCGCGCAGCGGAAAUAUUCUUUGUCUUUUCUAAUUAGUUCCACCCGAGAAAUCACAAGACAAAGAAAGAUUCCGCUCCGCGCGCAAAAUUCCGCCUACUAGAAAACCGGUUUUAUAAGUAAUAGCAUAAAAAGAGGCGAAUUAGCUAUUAAUAUUAGCUAGUAAAAUCCCCUUGGGCGCCGCUCGAUGAUGGUCAUUUAGUAAUUAAUAAUUAAUUUUACUAACUGACCCGAAUCGAGCGGCGCCCAAGGGAAUUUUACUGAAACGACCCUCAUCGAGCGGGACGUUUUCAAUAGCUAAUUCGCCUCUUUUUAUGCUAUUACCUUAUAAUCUCAAGAUUGUGGGUAUUCCCUUUGUUCUCGCAGGGCCAUUAAUUGUUAAUUGUAACAAUAAAUAAUGGUAUAAAUUAAAUGGUAUAAUUGUUUUCCAUGUCUUUGUUUAGUUUUGGCGAUUUCAGACAUCUUCAUUUAUAUUCAUUUUUUUCUAAUCGUACCCGCUAUGACGUCGUAUCGGGUAGGAUUAGAACUAAUCCUACCUGACAUGACGCAAAAGUGGGUAGGAUUAGAAGAAAUUAAUAUAAUGAGGUGUAUUAGUUUUUAAUUACCCUGCGAGAACAAAGGGAAUACCCAGAAUCGUGAUAUUAUAGUGUUAAUUCGCUAACUCAAUUUCAUUUAUUUAUUUAUUAUACAUUGUGUUUAAAGUGUCUAUUCACCCCGAAGGUUUAUGGUUGCAUUGUAAAGAUCACUUAAAAUGACUUAAUAAUUUCUUUUAUAGAAUUUUCAAUUGGUAACUUGCUCCCUUUUCAAGAUAUUCAACUUUGCUUCAUAUGCAAAUAUCACCGGUGUGACAUCACGUCACAUAAUGAGUUUUCAGAAAAGUAUAGUUUUCUUGACGAAUACGUAUCUAAAAAACUUAAAAAUUGCCCUUGUAUAUGUAUUAAUUUCAUAACUGGUAAUUAUCCCUCUGUAUUUGUUUGUAAAUAUAUUUUAUCAAGGUAAAAUAUUGCGUUUUCAAAAUGUCAUUAUGCGAUGUGAUGUCAAACCGGUGAUAUUUGCAUAUGAAACAAAGGCAGCGUUUACACUGUACCGUUUUCGUAGCGUUCUCGUAUUGUUCGAGAGAACUAGACUAUUGCGUCCCCUUGAGGAUUAAGAACAAUACGAGAACGCUACGAAAACGGUACAGUGUAAACGCUGCCAAAGUUGAAUAUAUUGCAAAGGAAGCAAGCUACCAAAAUUGCAUGGGAUUAGCUUUGAGUUAUGCGCACUGCACGAGGACCUCAAGAACUUGAACGGGCAUGGAAAUAAAGUCUUUAUUUCCAUAUAAUGUUCAAAAUAUCUCUCAUACCUCUUAUAUUUUUCCAUUCUAAAAUGGAGAAAUUUAUUUCAAGGUUUUUUCUAUGGCACGCCGUUUCGGCCAACAGUAUUCGAGAAUCAGAAUUCAUGUCGAGAAUCGGCCAAAAGUGAGAUUUUACAACCAUUCGAGAUUUUUCAGUUAUUCGAGAUUUUACAGCCAUUCGAGAUUUUAUACAACCAUUCGAGAUUUUUCAGCUAUUCGAGAUUUUACAGCUAUUCGAGAUUUUACAACCAUUAGAGAUUUUACAACGCUUCGAGACUUCAAACUUAUUCGCUAUUUCAACAAAACUCCCCAUAAAAAUACCUGUAUCUUUAUUGCCUCCCUUAAAUUUGAUUUCGUCUAUAAUACUGUAUUACAUCUUCUGUUUGGCGAAAUGGGCUUUCCGUUUUGAAAACAACCGCCUUGUCAAUUGACCCUAUAGAAACGGUCAAUAUUGAACAGCCCAACACGAACGCAUGUCUUAUAAUAUGCCAUGGGCCCCAUGCAAUGUUGAACAGCCCAAUGCGAGUUUAUAAUAUGCCAUGGGCCCCAUCUUCCACGAUCCAACUUAUCACUGUUAUUACCAACGGUCAACCAUCUUCAGUAUUUCAUUAAAUUAAUAUUUAUGCAUGUUUCCUACUCCUUGGAGUCCAUGAAAAGACACCUGGCUGUUACAGCCGAUUUCGUUUGACUGGGAAACAUGACCGCUUCUUGGGUGACAAUGUUUCUAAGCAGCGGAUAAACAAGAAAGGCCGUUGUUUUUAAAACGAAAAGCACAUUUCGGCGAUUUCGCCAAACAGAAGGUAUACUAUUAUAGACGAAAUGAAAUUUAAGGGAGGCAAUAAUCAUAUAGGUAUUUUCAUGGGGAGUUUUCAAUUGUUGAUAUAGCGAAUAAGUUUGAAGUCUCGAAUCGUUGUAAAAUCUCGAAUCGUUGUAAAAUCUCGAAUAGCUGUAAAAUCUUGAAUGGUUGUAAAAUCUCACUUUUGGCGCGGCCGAUUCUCGACAUGAAUUCUGAUUCUCGAAUACGUUUGGCCGAUACGGCGCGCCAUAUUUUUCUGCUAAUCGUUAUAUCCUAAUAUUUAACAAUUAUAUUCGCCGAAGGGGAGGUGAUUAUCGGGGAGUAUUCACCGAGACGAAGUCGAGGUGAAUAUAUAUUUCCCGAUAAUUACUGAGCCUGAGACGAAGAAUUGUUUUAGUAUUUUUAUACAAGUCUUUUGUGUUAUUUUCGGACAGAAUGUCCGCUUAUUUCUUUAUCAGUAACUUCCACUAAGGCCUGGUUUAGACGGCGAACUUUUCAUGCGCCGAAUCUAUAAUGCAAAAAUUAAGUGCGACGCUGGAGCGGCGUCUAAAUCAAUUAAGUUCGGCAGGUUUUGAUUAAGUUCGACAUGACUCGAAGAUGCGACAGGACAAGUCGUAUAUGCAACUCAGGUUCGACAUUGAUUUAGACGCCGUGCUUUUCAUGCGCCUAACCUAAUGCAUAAUUAUUUUUUAACAUUAUAAUAUGAUUAUCAUAUAUUUGCAUUGUAAAUAUGUCCAAUAUAAUUUUGCCGUAUCUACAACAAUUAGAUUCGGCGCAUGAAAAGUUCGCCGUCUAAACCGGGCCUAAACGGCUAGCCGCCAUUUUGCAAAUUUUGGUUUUGUUAAAUAUAUUCACAUGUAGGUGAACAUAACAGCUUCAUACGUCAAAUUUGACCAAUCAACUUGUAGGAUUUGUUAUAUUCAUUUGUGCAAAAAUGCUAAAGAUGGAUGUAUUUUUCAAGUAAUUUGUUGAGAAGACCUAUAAAUCCAAACACAUGCACGCAAUCCUCUAAGACGAUUAUCGUCUAUUAUAGGUCUACUCCUCUCGAGUUUGAAAAAUUCCUUUUAAUUAAACUCCUUCUAUCUGAUGAUAUAAAAUAAUAAACUUUUGGUGGAUACAUUUUUUAUAUGUAGCGCUUUGUGGUUGAAUAUUCCUGGACUUAUUUUCGUCGUGAUGCUUUGUUGUCUGGAUGGUCUUGUGAUUUUUGCUGUAUAUGCUGAUUGUGAUCUUAGGAAAUCUAAAAAAGUUACCAGUAACGACCAGGUAUAUACAUACAGCUCCAUCAGCUUUUUAAGAAUAACAUCACACAAUUGUGCUGAAGGCAUGCACUGACAUAUAGAUAUCCUAUUGAAAAUAAUAUAAACUUUAAAUAUGUUUGUCGUUUCCCUUGUUAAUGCUCCAGGAAAUGACCCCCCAUAAAAUACAGUAUUCUUUACAAAACUAUAUAUAUAUAUAUAUAUAUAUAUAUAUAUAUAUAUAUAUAUAUAUAUAUAUAUAUAUAUAUAUAUAUAUAUAUAUAUAUAUAUAUAUAUAAACACCGCAAUUAAACUUUAUUUAAAUAAUGUGCAUAUGUAAUUUUAAUCUCAGUAUUCUGAAGAAGGCUCGAAGUACCGAGUCGAAAGCUCAAUAAAAGUAUAUUUCAAUCGGGAGAACUUUAAUUAAUUAUAUAUAUAUAUAUAUAUAUAUAUAUAUAUAUAUAUAUAUAUAUAUAUAUAUAUAUAUAUAUAUAUAUAUAUAUAUAUAUGAAUUGUCAAAUUUUCUGCAAUUAAUAUUUGACAUUGUUAAAGUAUGAUUUAUUAAGAUCUUUACAUUUUUCUCCAGAUGCCCCUACAAUGCAAGAAAUGCCAUUUCAGAGACCCAAAAUUACAUUUUUUCGAGAGGGAGCAUGCCUCUGAACUCCACUAGAAUUAUUGUGACUCAUAAUUAAUUAAAAUAUCCCCCCCCCCAAAUUUUGGCGGCGCCACUGUCCCCAGAACUCUUUUUAACUCUCGCCACGCUCGUGCUAAAAUGAGUCUGAGUCGAGCCAAAAACAUAUUUAUGCCCACGAAGAUCAUCUCUAGCUAUCGUUGUUAUAUAACCCUAAAUGACAAUUGUUGAAUUAUUGCAUGGUUUAAUCUGAUGCCGCCAUUUUGCGACAACGUCUAUAUACUUCAUUCCAGGUCUGAUGUAAUCGGUAUUAUUGCAACAUUUAGGCCCUACUUUUUGUAUCUGCUUUCACAGAUACUCUAGAGCAAAAGCUCCAGAUUCGCUAAAGUUUCCAGAUUUGUGUAUUGGCAUGGCGACAGGUUUUCGGAUAGGCGUGACGCGUGUUUUACACUGGAUGAAUAUAGGAAACAAAGUCUUUCUAUAAAUUUAGUUGUCCGAUUAGUAUAAUGUGAUAUAUUCUCUGUUACAUAAAUUUGCACACAGCAAAUAUUCAGUUUGCAUGGUUAGUUGCACGAGCAGUAAAUUUGACGCAUUAUUGCUUUUAAAUAUUGAAUUUCCAUGCAAGGUUUAUAGCUGCGUAAUUUAUAGCUACGUGAAAAAAAUUAGAACUCGUUUCGAGCAUACGUAAGUUUUACCUUUCUCCGGUCUUACCAAUUUUUUUCAGUUUUUUCCUGGACAAAGUAUUAACCAAAAACUAUAUUAAUAGAUUUAGUAAUAUCCGAAAUUUGGUUUUAUAUUCUAGCUUUUCGGCCAAGGAACAAGAAUCUACACACGCUUUUAUUCACAUACAUGCAGAAUUUCUAUCUUACUGACCAAUUCCCGAAGGGAAGAAAGCUUUCCCAUUUUCAUAGUCCAUUAGUACAUGCACCGCAGCAAGUCGACAUUAACCAACACCACCAACUAUAGUCUCUAGUAUGUAGAUGCAACUCUAAUUCUCGAACAACAUCUUUAUUAACAACUGCAACAACAAUUAUUCUACCUAUAAAAAGAAAAGUACAGUCAACAAUAGACCAUUUGCAUCAUAGACUAAAUUUUGAUCUAGACAAAAAUUUCAUCACAGCUUGAAAGAGCAUCACAAAAUCAGUAAUAUUCCAAAGUUUCGUUGCGAAAUGUUGUAAAAUGCGGAUAAUAUAGCCUAGCUUGCGAUGUUUGCCGUUUUUCAGUCAUUUUGUAUUACGCACGGGAAAUUUACAGCCCAAUCGGGUGUUGGGGCAUCAAUUUUCCGUUUGUAAAACAAAAUGAUUGAAAAUUGCCAAUCGCAAAUUGUUGUCUAGACUUGUUUAGAUAAAAUUUAGUCUAUAAUGCAAAUGGUCCAUUGGAAUGACAUAGAUAACAACAUAAACAACACCAAAAGAAUAUUCGUGCAAAUGCUAAUUAACCACGAGUUUGAUGUAGAAAUUUGGUUGUGUCUGAUUUGAAUGAUGUCCAUUUAGUUUACUGUAUACAACUACAUUAAAUUUUCAAAGAUUUAUUUUUAAUGUAGCUAACAUAUGUGUGCGCAGGUUCAAACAAAAACGAAACGUUAUGCACAGGAUACGGAAAAUUACUUUUAUUACAUAUGUGUUACUGUAGUUGACGUUAUGUUGGGUAUAUAAAAUAGUAAAAAAGUAUGCAAGUAAAAACGUUUACUUGCACCGCUCACAUAUAUGGUAUUUGUAUUGGACGUUGUCACGUUUCGAAGCUGUUUAGUAACCAAAAGUAGCUACUAUAUUUCUUUGCAGGUUUUACCUUACUUUGUGAUUGACAAAUUGGGUUACUUGACUGGAGUACCUGGACUUUUCAUGGCGUGUUUGUUUAGUGGCACUUUGAGGUAACGCUGGUAUUUUUAUGCAAUUAAAAGAAAGUAUUAUUUUUUUAUUUAUAUUGGGUUUUUUUAAUUAAAAACCAUGUAAAGUCCCUUUUGCGCAUACGUUCUGCGCAGGUCUACAUUCCAAUAGUCGGGACUCGACCGUUGGAAUGUUAUUAAUAUUUCGCACCUUCAGAUCGAACUUUCUUAAAUUGAAUCUCUAGUCUGUAUUCAUUUACAAGCAUAGCGAACCAGAAGAGUGUUAAAAAUUCAGCAUAAUAUAUAUCUAAUCAUAUUUUACAACUGUAGCACUGUGUUCAUAAUGCAAACAAAGCGUUUGUUUACAUUACGGACUUUACAUGGCCAUGCAUAUAGUUGGAUUAUUUUCAAACAGUUUUAAAUCAUGGCUUUCUGUUCAGCACGGCGUCAUCUGGUAUCAAUUCGUUGAUCACUGUCACGUUGGAAGAUGUAGUCAGGAAAAGAUGGACAGAUCUAUCAGAUUAUGAAGCAACGAAAUUGUCAAAAAUAUUGGGUAAGUUAAUCGUAACGAUGGCAUAUAAAUAA